AUGGAGAGGCGUCCCCUGUACGAUCAGAUUCUCAUGGUGCUGCCGCCCCUGCUGCCGCUGCACAAUGUGCUGCCGUCCCUGCGCCGAGCCAAAGUCGUCACUCACGCCAAGAAGCUACUGCAGCUGCUCAUAUCGCAGCUGCUGGGACUGCCUCUAGCGAAGCACUCCUUUCUCUCCACUACCGAUGGCACCACCUCCAGCAAGUACCUGUGGCACGUGCAGACUCUCUACCAGCCAGUCAUACCGCACUGCACCAAUCCAGACCUCCCUCUCUGGAAGCACUUCCGCCGACGCUUCCUCCUCCCCACCCCUCCCCUCCCAGACCCCACAGCCGAUUCCACCACCCCCACUCCCACCCUCUCCUCCUCCUCUUCCUCACGUUCACUCACUGAAGAAAACCCCUCGUCUGCUCUCAGCGACCCCUCCUCUCCUCUAGAGCGUGUGCCGAAGGUGCCGCCUGGGUUCCUGGACGGGGCGCGAUCCGUGUUCCCGUCGCUGCCGGCUCUGCCGGUGGAGGGGUACGCGCAGGGAGGGGACCUGCACGGCUCGUGGGUGCCGAUCGGGUGGCAGGUGGUGGUGGCGCACGACUCAAUGCGCUGCACCAAAGCACUGGGCCAGGUAGAGGAGCUGCUGCACCGAUACUUCCCUGCUGACAGAAUCGUCGUCUUCUCCUCCAGCAGAAAGAUCAUGGAAGGAAAGCACAUAUUCAACCGGGCAGCUCUCUUCAUAACCUGUCUCGGCCUCGCCAUCACCAACACCAUGUUCAUGCCGCCCCGGGCGGCGGUUCUCGACCUCCGGCCGCCCAUCCCCGUCUCCCACACCACCCGCUACACCCUCCUCUCCCGCUCCUUCGCCUCGGCCAACGACGUCCGCUCUUUCGUCCUCAUCUGCCAGCCGGGCGGCGACAAUGAUGACGUGGCAGCGGGAUCCGGCCAAUUGGAGUGCAACACGCGGGAGAUUGACGAUGUCAUUGAUCGCAUAGCUCACGACAUCUACACCUCGCCCGCUGCUGUAGCCGCGGCUAUGUCCCCGACCCGCGACGCCGAAGCUGCCGCCGAAGCUCUCGCCGACGCCGAAGCUAGCGGCCGGUCGCUGCUUCGGCCGACGGACCUGAUCCGAGGCUCGGUGCUUCGGGGACCGCUGCAGGUUCAGAAGUUCCGAUCCUGGAUGAAAUGUGUAGGUGCCUGUGCGGUCGUGGGAGGUGGAGGAGGAGGAGACAGAGGGCGGGAGGAGGUAUCGCGGGAGGGAGGCCAGAGCGGUGGAGAGCGGUGGGGAUGGGCGGGAGACGAUGCGGAUGACGAUGCGAUUCUCCCACUCCAGCUGGAUGAAAUUCUCCCCGGAGAAAUUCUGUGA